AUGUCGGAUCCAAAUCCGUCUAAAAGCGUCACGUUCGAGGACGUUCACUAUGGCUCAGCUAGUGAUGAGGACCACAAUCCUGUCACUUUCGACCCCACGAGCCCCUACCGCCGGAAGAGCUCCCUCGUCGCUACUGAGCGGCCCCUGAUGCCCGCCAACCGGGCAGAAUGCAUCGUCCAUCAAUUCCUCGUCGACCAGCAGCGGCGCCUUAAGCGUAGCGAUCACAGCACUGAGUCAGCUAUCAGCGACACGAUCGGCGAUGCCUCUCCCUACGAUCAGCCCCCACGGGCGUUGGACCUUCGUGGGCGUGGUGGUGGCAGUCGUGGUGGUGCCGGCAGGGAACCGAUCAUCCAGGACGGCAGCACAGGCGGCGUCAGCGACAACGAGAACGGCAUUGCCAGCAGCGCAAGCAGUACUACCGGGCAGCCGGACGAGGCGCAAUGGCGAGAGGAGAUGGCAUUGGCGCACCACAUGCGCGCUUGUUCAGGCGACUCGUUCUCGACUGACGCUGGAAUCGCGUCUCGGACGCCGUCGCAGCUGGAUCUGCACGGGGCGUCCGCUGACGCGGCGAAUUCACGGCUGCUGACCAAGAAGCAGCUGAGCGAGAUGGCCUGGGGCGUGAGGGAGCUGAGCCGCCGGUUGGGGAGCAUGCGUCUUAAGCUGCGUGUGAAGAGUAUCUUCCUGCUUACCAAGAUCUACGAUGCGGAGCUAAUUGCUAAGACGAGGGAACUGUGUCGUUGGUUGUUGGAUCGCGAACGGGAUGUGAGGUAUACUAUCUAUAUCGAUCGGGCGUUGAAAGAUAAUAAGAGGUUUGACGUGGCUGGGUUGUUGGAGGAAGUGAAGCAGGAUUAUGUGAAGUCUGGUGAGGUAUCGGAGGAGGCAAGUCACGACAUUGCCCGGCGUCUGCGCUUCUGGGAUGAGUCUAUUUGCCGUAACAGGCCACAUACAUUCGACUUCGUCAUCACCCUGGGCGGAGACGGUACGGUUCUCUAUGCCAGCUGGCUGUUUCAGAGGAUUGUACCACCUGUGCUCAGUUUCGCGCUUGGCAGCCUGGGGUUUCUGACAAAGUUCGACUUUGAGCACUACCAGGAGACGCUAAACAAGGCAUUUGAACAUGGCGUUACGGUCAGCUUGAGGCUCCGGUUCGAAGGGACAGUCAUGCGCAGCAGACAUAUUCGGCCGAGGUCAAGAAGUUGUGCUAGUUCUGUGGAUGGAGGGGAUGAGGAGUCCAAGAGGGAUUUGGUUGAAGAGCUCAUUGGUGAGGAGCAGGACGAUCAACACACUCACCAGCCUGAUGGGACGUAUGUGGUGUUAAAUGAAGUUGUCGUCGACCGCGGACCGAAUCCGACCAUGUCCAACAUCGAGAUCUUCGGCGACGACGAACACUUUACGUCUGUUUCAGCUGACGGUAUCUGUGUGAGCACACCCACGGGUUCUACAGCUUACAACCUCGCCGCGGGCGGCUCGCUCUGUCACCCGGAGAACCCCGUCAUGCUGGUGACGGCCAUCUGUGCCCACACCCUUUCUUUUCGGCCCAUCAUCCUACCCGACACGAUCGUGCUACGCAUCGGCGUGCCUUACGACGCGCGUACCAGCUCGUGGGCCAGCUUCGACGGCCGUGAGCGUAUCGAGCUGCGUCCUGGUGACUACGUAACUACCCUCUUCUUCUCCUCGUAA